UCUUUUGUUUUUGUUGAAGUUCAUAGCCUAAAAGCUCAUAUAAGAAAAAAAAAAUAGAGAAAGAGAACCGAAUGGAGAGAGGAAACUAUGUUGUUACAUUUUUAAGAGUCUUGCUGGUGUGAUGGCGGCCGUGGAAACGAAAGCGCUUAACGGGGUUAAACUGAAGAAGAAGGAGCACCGGAACGCCUAUGCGACAAUGAUGUACAUGGGGACGCCGAGAGAUUACGAAUUCUACGUUGCCACACGUGUCUUGAUCAAAUCCCUUGUUAAGCUCCAAGUAGACGCCGAUCUCGUCGUCAUUGCCUCCCUCGACGUUCCCCUCCGGUGGGUUCGUGCCUUGGAAGAGGAAGAUGGAGCAAAGGUGGUGAGGGUGGAGAACAUUAAUCCUUACACAGGUCAACAAAAGAGAUUUAAGUUGACACUGAAUAAACUAUAUGCUUGGAGUUUGGUGGACUAUGAGAGAGUUGUCAUGCUGGACGCCGACAAUCUUUUUCUGCAGAAAACCGAUGUAUUGUUCCAAUGUGGGCAGUUUUGUGCCGUCUUCAUCAACCCCUGCAUCUUUCAUACCGGCCUCUUUGUGUUGCAGCCAUCACAAGAGGUAUUCAAAGACAUGAUUCAUUCACUGGAAACUGGUAAAGAAAACCCUGACGGUGCGGACCAGGGAUUCAUUGGUGCUUACUUCCCCGAUUUGCUCGACCAGCCAAUUUUUCACCCACCUUUAAAUGGCUCCAACCUCGAUGGACAAUACAGACUUCCUCUGGGAUACCAAAUGGAUGCUUCUUAUUACUAUCUUAGACUUCGGUGGAGAGUACCCUGUGGACCAAACAGUGUGAUCACUUUCCCUGGUGCACUUUGGUUGAAGCCAUGGUAUUGGUGGUCGUGGCCUGUCUUGCCUUUGGGCAUUGAGUGGCAUGAAACUCGUCGUCAAACUGUAGGCUACGCGGCUGAGAUGCCGGUUGUAAUAAUCCAAUCGAUUAUCUUCCUCGGAAUAAUAGUGAUGACACAUGUAGCACGUCCCGCUAUCUCUAAACUAUACUACAAAAACUCAGACAAAACCACAUCCAUGAUGCAAACUGCCAUAAAGUUCAUAGAAAUCUGGUCAAUUCUCGCGGCAUAUGUAGUUCCCUUCGCCAUUAUUCCUCGCACAAUCCAUCCACUAGUAGGCUGGGGACUGUAUUUCCUCGGUUCCAUCGCUCUUUCAUCUGUAGCAAUCAACUCGUUCAUGCUGCCUGCCAUUCAAGUUUUUGUUCCAUUGAUUGGGAUUUUCGGCUCUCUUCUGGUCAUGGCAUAUCCUUGGUACAAUAAUGGAGUUGUGAGAGCUUUAGCUGUUUUCGGCUAUGCGUUUUGUUAUGCUCCUGUUGCUUGGGGUUCAGUAGUUAAGUUGUUGGCACGUCUUCAUGUCUCGGUUGAAAGGGAACAGUUCUUCCCCAAAUUGACUGAAUCUUCACCACCUUCCGGCGUCAACAAGUUGUGCUGAAACUUGAUAUGCAGUGCAAUGGAACGACUUUUAACUAGAUUGUUUUUGUUAAUAUAAUGUUGUCAUUUAAUUCA